AGCCACGUGCUCGAAAAUGCAGAAAGUUUGCUUGGUUGUAUAUUGUAUUUUUCUUGCUACUGCAGUCAUCUGUAACACGAAUGAUGAUUUUCCAGUUGUAAUAAACACAUGGCCGUUCAAGGAUGCCACUGUCGCUGCUUGGGAAAGUUUAAGUAAUGGAAACAGUGCCCUAGAUGCAGUUGUAGCUGGUUGUACGAGGUGUGAAGUGUUGCAGUGUGACGGCACUGUUGGGUAUGGGGGGAGCCCUGAUGAAAAUGGCGAAACAACUUUAGAUGCAAUGAUUAUGAAUGGAGUGACACAUGAUGUGGGUGCAGUGGCUGACCUGAAACGUAUCAAAAAUGCCAUUGGUGUUGCAAGAGCUGUGAUGGAAUACACCACUCAUACAUUCCUGGUUGGAGAAGCAGCUUCCCAAUUUGCCAUAUCGAUGGGAUUUGAGGAAGAAAGCCUGAGUACGAAUAAAUCAAUUGACAUGUACAAGAAAUGGAAGCAAACAGACUGUCAACCAAAUUUUAGGCAGCAUGUAGUUCCAGACCCAAAGAAAUCAUGCGGUCCUUACUCACCUGGAGAAUCCCAUGAAAAAUCCAAAUACUCUCAGCGCUACAAUAAAGAUGUUUCUGAACAUAACCAUGAUACCAUUGGAAUGGUCAUCUUGGACAAAGAACAGAAUCUUGUCGCUGGGACGUCAACUAAUGGUGCCAAUCAUAAAGUACCUGGGCGAGUUGGGGAUUCCCCUGUAGCAGGUGCUGGAGCUUAUGUUGAUAAUGAUGUUGGAGGAGCUGCUGCUACUGGUGACGGUGACACCAUGAUGAGAUUCCUUCCAAGUUAUCAGACAGUUGAGAAUAUGAGAAGAGGACUAGACCCAGAGGCAGCUAGCCAUGCUGCUCUAAAAAGAAUAUUGCGGUUUUAUCCCAAGUUUUCUGGUGCUAUUGUAGCUGUCAAUAAGACUGGAAGUUAUGGUGCAGCUUGCCAUGGCUUUGAUAAGUUUCCAUACUGCGUCAUCAGUCCUAAAUCUGGUGCCGUGAAGAUAUUAACAGAAGUGUGUACGUGAAGAACGAUUUCGCCAAACAUAAUGAGACAUUCCAAUAUUAUUUUGUCAGAUGGUCUUCUAACUGGAUGCAAACCAAACAGCUGAUGUGCUAGAAUUGUUCACUGUCAAAUCAUACUACGGAUGGUUGUUAGAGAGACAUACGGUCAUUUUUCGAGGAAGAACUGUGUCUGACUACUUAUCACCAGUGGGCAUUAGAAGCCCAAACUUUACUGAUGUUGGGGGAGGGGUGAACCUUUGCCUUGGUCAUUUUGAAAAUGUACUUACAUCUUAUAUUGUAGGGUAGGUUGAAUUAAUUAUUGAAUUAAAAUUUGAUAUGAAAACA